AAUUCUCGAUUUUUCUAGAGUCCACCCAAUUGAACUAGAAAACUUGGGCGGCAAUCAAUCGAAGGCGAAAUUCCCAUUCGAAGGCAAAACCCUUGCCCUCUCAACGAUCCACUCUCUCUCUCCCUCUCUACUCAGUUUUUGCAGCAUCGAUUCAUUGAUUCUGGAACAUUUUGUCCUAUACUAUAGGAGCCAAGCACACACUAGAAUGCUGCCACUGCUAGCGUACCAUGUGGUGAGCCAAUAUUACAGGCUCCGGAAGAACCCGAUCACUGUCGGGCUUCUUGCUGCCAACACUCUUAUUCAUCUAAGGCCCGAUUGUCUUCAUCCUAUCAUCCCUUACAUAGAGGAUGUCUGGUUUAAUGCCCAUCUCAUCCUUAAGUACAAGGACUUGAGGCGCUUCUUCCUUUCGCCAUUCUACCAUGUGGGUGACCCUCACCUUGUAUAUAACAUGAUAUCUCUUCUAUGGAAAGGCAUUCAAUUGGAAACAUCAAUGGGUAGCUUCAAAUUUGCUUCAAUGGUCGGUUCGUUACUCGUAUUGUCACAAGGAAUUACAUUGUUGCUUGUCAAAUCCCUACUAAUUUUUUUCAAUUAUGGGAGGCCUUACUACCGUGAAUAUUCUGUUGGAUUUUCGGGUGUUCUUUUCGCUAUGAAAGUCGUUCUUAGUUCUCAGUCUGAAAGCUACACUUACUUUCAUGGCCUCCGAGUACCAUCAAGUCAUGCUGCAUGGGUGGAACUAAUACUUAUCCAAAUGGUUUCACCUGGUGUCUCCUUCCUUGGUCAUCUUGGUGGGAUACUUGCUGGUAUUCUCUUUUUGCAAUUGAAGCAUAUGAAUUCGGGGUCGAAUCCGCUGGCCAUUCUUUUUAGAAGUCUUGGCCGAAUAUUGAGUCAACCUCUUGGAUUUCUUUGUCGCUUGAAUCCAUUUCGCCGGCACAGGAUUUCUGGGGGAGGAAUUGUUGGUAGACAACAAACAGCCUCGGAAAGGACCGCAACGAGUGACGAUAUGUGGAGCUGUCGAGCAUGUACAUUUGACAAUUCUGGUUUCUUAAGCAUAUGCGAAAUGUGCGGUACAAAUCGGCAGGAUAUUGAGUUGCCUUCUCAUCAAUCAUCACAUAGUUUCAACUUCAACGAUCUAUCUCUGGAAGAACUACGCCGGCGUAGAGUUGAAAGAUUUGGAUGAUAUGCAACCUAUUGUUCUUCUGCUCAUUUCCUCUCAGGCUCAGCCAUCAGGUCUUCUUUCUCAGAAAAUAAAUCUGAAAGGCUUGUAUUGUAUUGUAAAUCUGAUGUUGAUGUUAGAUAAUAAAAUUGCCUGAAGUAUCUGUGUUAGUUAGAACUUAGCAAAUUUUGUUGAAGACAAAUGGAAGAGUCAUCUCGCAAGUUCAAUGGAAAGGGUUAGUUCUUUCUCAA